AUGGCUGCGACCGCAGUACAGGGACACGGGCAACUGAAUCCGGAGCCGUCCCAGCCAGAGGAACGUGCUGAGAAUGAGCUUCCUCCAAAGUCCUACGCAGAUGCCGUUACGAGUGGUCCGAAUGGCGAAGUCCGCAGCCACGAUGGAGAUGAACACGCUGCGGUGAAUGGAUCUGUCCAACCGGCAGUCAAUGGUCAAAACAACCGACAGCAACCAGACGAAGGAAAGGUCCUUUAUGAGAAGCAUGUGAAUGGUAGUGGAGAGACCUUGACAAGCAUCAAGCCCAGCGACGGCUAUGAAGAUUCCCUCAAGCACAAUGGAGAGACUGCGCCGCGAGAGAGGAAACGCAAUCGGCCACCUAAGCGCCAGGAUGAGCUUGCAAGUGGCCGAAAGGCUGGCGCCGGCUGGCAGACUUCUGCGAUACGGUGGGCACCUCUCAACGUGCCAUUACAGCGGAGGCUUCAAACUCUAGCCGUCCUGUGGCACACUACCACCAUCCCUCUGUUGAUCUCCCUCUUCUUCCUCCUCUGCGCAAUCCCUCUUACCUGGCCCCUCCUUAUCCCGUACCUCAUCUACACCCUCGUCAUCAGUGAGGAUGCCACCAAUGGGACCCUUUCGAGAAGAUCACAGUGGAUGCGUGGCUCGAAAUUCUGGUCCCUGUUCGCAUCCUACUUCCCCGCUCGCUUGCAUCGCACCGUCGAGCUCGAGCCAACGAGGAAAUACAUCUUUGGAUACCAUCCGCACGGAAUCAUCUCCCACGGCGCCUUUGCUGCGUUUGCCACGGAGGCUUUGGGCUUUUCGGACCUCUACCCUGGCAUCACGAAUACCUUGUUGACCCUCGACACAAAUUUCCGAGUUCCGUUCUAUCGAGACUAUGCCUUGGCCAUGGGCUUGGCUUCGGUAUCGCGCGAAUCCAUCGAGAACAUCCUGUGCAAAGGAGGAUUGAAUGGUGAAGGCAUGGGUCGGGCCGUUACAAUUGUUAUUGGUGGUGCCCGCGAAUCUCUCGAUGCGAAGCCUCAUUCGCUCCGCCUGGUCCUGAGAAGCAGAAAGGGUUUCGUUAAACUAGCGAUACGCACUGGUGCCGACCUCGUCCCCGUUCUCGCGUUUGGCGAAAACGAGCUCUACGACCAAAUCGAUAGUGUCGAACAUCCUUGGAUCCACAAAUCCCAAAUGCUGGUUAAAAAGUUUAUGGGAUUCACCAUCCCACUAUUCCACGCGAGAGGAAUCUUCAACUACGACGUCGGAUUACUGCCAUACAGGAGGGCAGUCAACGUGGUGGUGGGAAGACCGAUCCGGGUCGUGCAACAGGGGUCCAAGGAUAACAACGUCGACGAAAAGUAUCUGGAUCAGGUGCACAAGGAGUAUGUGGCCGAAUUGGUUAGGCUGUGGGAUGGAUACAAGGACCUUUUUGCGCAGGAUCGACAAGGUGAGUUGGAAAUUGUGGACUAG